AUUUUUUAAAAGUUGAUUGAGUGACGAGUCACUCACUCAACUUUUGCACCACCAACAGCGACUGGUACCGGUACCAGUUCAUCACAAUUUUCGCCCUGAAUUCCGCCAUGGUAGGUCCCUCUUCCCCUUCGACCUCACCCACCAAUACUACCGACAACAAUAAUGCAUCUACUAGUAGCUUUCGGAUAAAGGGAAUAUGGUUUCUUGGUGGCCUCUGUGUGAUAUUGCAGUUUUCGAAUAUUCGAACCUUUCGAGGCCCGUUCAGUAUGGUGCGAGAGAGCAUCCAUCGGCUGGAAGACGUACAAGAAAAGACUGCGGAUUGGAGUAUCUCCAGGGUCAUGUCGGAAUCUGACAUAGAAGAUGAUGAUGCUUCUACCGGUACGACAGAUCUGCAACGAGGACUGGAGUCAUUGCGAAGGAAACAUGCGCAAUUGACUGUUCAACAGCUUCAAAAGGAAGCCCAAGAAAGGAAAGAAGCGACAUUGAAAGCACCAGUAGGAAAAGCAACGGAUGCCAAGAAAACUUCUGCCAAAGCUACCCAAACCGAGAAGGCUGUGCCAGUGGAAGAAGCAUCUGAGGAUGAUAAGGAUGAAGAAGAAGAGUCCGAAGCGACGACAAUACCGGUACCGACAAAGCGAGUUGAAACGAACGCCUGGAAAGAAAUAGUGCCAACUCCAGUGGUGUUCAUGCCCUAUUCCAGCUACGACAAUUUCGAUAUUAAGGAAAAUCUCAUAGAGUCUCACGACAAGAAUUAUUUCCAAGAUGGUUUGGAAGAAUCUCCCUUUCUACGCAUUGCCAACUACAGCGAAACAGUCAAACUCAUUCAAGACAACGAGCCUGUAUCAUGGAUUUUUGAUACCUCUCGAUUGCAGCCCCGCAAAGCCUGUCUUUUCCUCUGGAAAUUGAUGAGGGGCGUGCAGCAACAAGUGUGGCAAACGCUCCCCAAAAGUCGUAGUCCCACCUGGCGUGUGAGCCUCUCCGACACGAGAGAUCACGGAUGGGAAAUCUAUUCCUGCCCGGAUAAGAUGCAAGACUUUCUCAAGAAUAUCUCCAAAACCGUGCCGUAUUUCAAACGAGGGGUUGUCACAGACCGUAGCUUUGAUGCGGACACCAAAAAGCUCGAUCCUGGUAAACUCUAUGGAAGCAUUGUCAAUCUACCGUCGUAUCCUGGUAAGGACCAACCAGGUCCCACCAUCCCCUCCAUGCCCUUUUAUCACAGCCCCAUCAAUGUUCGAACCGACAUGGUGGAAGCAUUAGCACGAAUCUUGGCCAGAGAUCACGACAAUAUGAAGCUGUCAUCACCCAUUGAAUCGCUCCUACGCCCACGGGAUGUGGCUCAUUUCUAUCCUCCCGACCUGAAAGCAUACCGAGAUGAAGCACCCCACUUGGCCAAGCUACGAUUGACGGUCAGUCAGACCCUUCUGGAGUUUAUCAAAAACGAAAAACCACAGGGUGGCAUUAAGAGAAGGUACGAUAUCAAGGUGGGGCUAGUGGGCGCGUCACGCGAAAGGGGACGAAAAACUCCCCAAAAGGCGUACAUCAAGGAGCUGUUAAGGACAAAGAUUGUCGUUGUUGCACAGAGGGAUACCUGGGAGGACCACUGGCGGCUGUUUGAAGCCAUGAUCAGUGGCGCUAUGAUCAUGACAGAUACAAUUUUGGGCAUGCCCACUGGUCUCAAGCAUGCAGAAUCCAUUGUGGUGUUUGACAGUUUAGAAUCGCUCAAGGCACAACUGAAAUACUAUUUGGAUCCCGCCAAUGAGGCCGAACGAAUUGAUAUUGCCACCAAGGGUCGGUUUAUUGCCAUGAGCCAGCAUCGAUCGUGGCAUCGAAUGGAAGAAAUGGCACUGGGAGAAGUCAAGUCGACCUGUGCUGUUUCGAGAUUUCCGGAAUGUCCGUACACUGUGCAUGCAGCAUAAUGGAUGAAGGGAACUUAGCUACAAUCGCAACAUGUUGCGUAUCCAAUUUUGUAAUUGGUGCACUGUACACCAUCUUUAAUAAACUCUAUAUACCGUACCUUCGAGAGUUCGGA